AGACCGGAGCCAGCCAGUUGUUCUUGGAAAUUUUGUUUGACGAAACUCAGAAGAAGAACCCUGCUGCCCACACAGAACAUAUAUUUCAAUCACGAGAAUUGACUUCACUGGAUCAAACUUAGGGUUCAUUGACAUUGUCUGGCUGCUACAAUUUGUCCUGAUUCGUUUGAAGAUCAUAUUUUCGUUUACAAAAAUCACUGCCCGCCAUCUCAGGACUGGUAAACCUUGGAAUAACGACGACUUUACGUGCAAAUCAUUUGAUAUUAAAUUAACUUCAUUCCAGAGAGAGUAUGAAGACAACUUUUCACAUGGACUCAUCCUGGAAAUGUUUCUUUUCACUCCUUAUAAUCUUCCCCCUGAUUUUGCAACUGAUAUCUGCUGCGUCGGAUACCAUAAAUGCAACUCGAAGCAUUAGGGAUGGGGAGACCUUGGUGUCAUCUGGAGGAAGGUUCGAACUGGGAUUCUUCAGCCCUGGAAAUUCCAGCAAUCGCUACCUGGGGCUGUGGUUCAAGAAUCUUACAGUAACAACAAUUGUUUGGGUGGCGAACAGAGAAGUUCCGCUCACAAACAGAAGAGGGAUCUUGCGGGUUGUUGAGCCAGGGCUCCUGGUUCUGCUCAAUGAUACCGACGGCGUAGUAUGGUCGUCUAACACGUCCAGGGCUGUUCAGAAUCCGGUAGCGCAGUUGCUGGAUGAUGGGAAUAUAGUCGUGAGAGAUGUCGAUGAUGAAUCCCCAGAGAAUUUACUCUGGCAGAGUUUCGAUCAUCCUACUGAUACUUACUUACCAGGUAUGAAAUUUGGAAGGAAUUUGGUGACAGGCCUGGAAACUUACUAUUUGUCCUGGAGAACCAGCGAUGAUCCUGCUCCGGGGGAGUUCAGUUUUCACUUGGAUCCCACUGGAUAUCCACAAAUACUCCUCAAAAAGAGUGCAGACGUGGUGUAUAGAAUCGGGCCCUGGAAUGGAAUACGCUUCAGUGGGACGCCCAAUGCGAGGGAAGAUCCCACGUACAGGCUAUUGUUUGUGAUGAAUGAAACUGAGGUAACUUACCGGGAAGAUACGAUUGAUAGGUCAGUUGUUUCCAGGUUUACCGUAAAUCCAAAUGGAGUUGCACAGAGAUUGACGUGGGUUGAUCGAACUCAGGGGUGGGCGACGUAUAUGAAUAUGCCGGCAGAUAUAUGCGACACAUACAAGCUAUGUGGUGCGUAUGGCAGGUGCAAUAUCGCUAAUUCUCCGUCUUGUGGAUGUUUGGAAAGAUUUGUGCCUAAAGAUCCACAGGCUUGGGUUGGAGCAGAUUGGUCCAAUGGAUGUAUAAGGAGGGCUAAUUUGAGUUGCCAAGGAGAUAUCUUUUUGAGGUAUUCUGGAAUUAAAUUGCCAGACUCGAGAAAUUCAUGGUAUAAUAAGAGCAUGACGCUUGACGAAUGCAGAACCCACUGCUCCAGGAAUUGCUCCUGCACGGCUUACACACAGUUAAACAUGAGCAGCGGAAGUGGAUGCCUGUUUUGGCUUGGCGACUUAGUUGAUAUCAGAAGCCUGUCUCCAGAUGGACAAGAUAUUUACAUCAGAAUGGCUUCCUCUGAGUCAGACUCUAAAGGAAAGAAUAGGGUGGUUCUCAUAGCGAGCUUGGCGUCAGCAGUGGGAGUAAUACUUAUAGGCCUGAGCCUCUUCCUCUGCAUUCUAAAGAGGACAAACAAUCAGAAGCAGAAAAAAGAAGUACAAUAUAGUCCUCAUGACAAAGACUCUGAGCUACCAUUGUUCAAUUUAUCUGUUAUUACAAAAGCUACUAAUAACUUUUCAAUGAACAAUAAGCUUGGAGAAGGUGGAUUUGGACCUGUUUAUAAGGGCAUUCUGGAAGAAGGUCAAGAAAUUGCUGUGAAGAGGUUAUCAAAGGACUCCAUGCAAGGACUUGAUGAAUUCAAGAACGAGGUCAUCUUCAUUGCGAAACUUCAACAUCGGAAUCUGGUCAGGCUUCUAGGAUGCUGCAUCCAAGAAGAGGAAACUAUGUUGAUCUAUGAAUACAUGCCUAACAAAAGCCUGGAUGUCAUUUUAUUUGAUCAAACAAGAAGCAAGUUACUCGAUUGGCAAACACGUUUCAAUAUAAUCAACGGAAUUGCUAGGGGACUCUUGUAUCUUCAUCAAGAUUCCCGGUUGAGAAUCAUUCAUCGGGACCUCAAGGCAAGCAACAUAUUGCUGGACAGUGACAUGAACCCAAAGAUAUCAGACUUCGGAAUGGCUAGAAGUUUUGGAGGCAACGAGACUGAAGCUAAGACACGUCGAGUUGUUGGAACGUAUGGCUACAUGUCUCCAGAAUACGCUGUGGAUGGCCUGUUUUCAGUAAAAUCAGAUGUAUUUAGCUUUGGUGUCCUAGUGCUAGAAAUUGUGAGUGGAAGAAGAAACAGAGGAUUUUCCCACAGUGAUCACAAUCUCAACCUUCUUGGACAUGCAUGGACACUUUAUAAAGAAGGGAGACAGCUGGAACUGGUGGACUCGUGUCUUGGAGACUCAUUUUACUUCUCUGAAGUGGUGAGAUCAAUUCAUGUUGGUCUGUUAUGCGUGCAACAAAAUCCAGAAGACAGGCCGACUAUGUCGUCUGUGGUUCUGAUGUUGGGCAAUGAAGGUGUAUUUCCUGAGGCCAAGCAGCCAGGUUUCUUCACUGAAAGAGACGUUCUUGCUGCCCAGAGUGCAACAAGCACGCAUACAGCAAGUUCAGCUAAUGAAGUCACCAUUACAAUGCCAGAGCCCAGAUAGAAAAUCACUCUUUUUUUUUAUGGUUAGACAGGAAACAAACUUGUAUAGCAUAUUGUUCCACCUAUUUACACCCUUGUAUCUAUUUUUGUAGUCGGUAUAGUCGAUGUAGGCCUGACCAUAGUUCUUAAUGGCGUGCCUUGGGGCACAUUGCGCUGGCUCAGCGCCAUUUUUGAGUUGCUUAUGGAGACGCCAUGGCGCACCAUUCUGCCCGUAAUCCAUGGCGCGCCAUAGUGAAGCCGCAGCCCUUUUGGACUGGGGCUUAAAAUUAAAGAAAUAAAAAAUAUCUUGCAAAAUGAGUGAAACUAGAAACGUAGGAUUUGUUUAAUUAUCUUGCAUAUUGUGAA